AUGAACGAAUUUCAAACACAACAAGCUUUACAAAUUGCUGAAUCUUCAACUAGUACUACAUUGUCAAUGGAGGAUGCUUUUUUAACCCAGCAAUUUCAUCAUGAAUUGCCGAAUGCUUCUCAAGCCUUGAUUUUGGAGAAUAUUGGAUUCAAAAGAAAGAAAAAACAAAUUCUGUCUGACAUUUCAUGCACCAUUCCCUCUGGACAAUUAACGAUGAUAAUUGGGGGGAGUGGAGGAGGAAAGAGCUCUUUGCUUGACAUUAUUUCUAAACGUGUAAGGAAGGGAUGUUCUGGAACCAUCACUUUCAAAGGACAACCCCUAACCAAAAAGUUGUUUCACAAACAAGGAGGCUAUGUCUAUCAAGAUGAUAUUUUAUUAUCCACAGACACUAUUCAUGAAAUCCUGUUAGAAUCUUCUCUGUUAAAGUACAAACACAAGGAGGGUAACAAGUUGUCAGAUAUUUGGAAAAUGUGUAGCGAAAGAACCUUCCAGGUUGAGAAUGAUAUUGGAUUAUAUCCUCAUAGAAAUGUUAAAAUUGGUACUGAACAAAAGAAGGGUGCUUCAGGAGGUCAAAAAAAAAGAACUUCUCUUUCUAUUCAAUUGAUCAACAAUCCUGAUUUACUAUUGUUGGAUGAAUAUAGUUCAGGAUUGGAUUCGUAUACUUCUUUAGAAAUUGGAAAAAAGUUGCAGAGAUUGGCACAUGAGCAAGGCAAGACAAUUGUAGCCACCGUUCACCAACCAUCGUCAGAGUUAUUUGGCAUAUUUGAUAAUGUGAUUCUUCUUGCCAAGGGUAAACUUGUUUACUGUGGCCCAGUUUCACAGGUUAAAAGUUAUUUGAAAAAGAUUGAUUAUCCAAUUCCAGAAGACACAAAUCCAGCUGAUUUUCUUAUUUCCAUUGUCUCGGAUCCAUAUUUGAGACAAGAAAAAAGUAUGACCUCCUCUGUUUCAGAAGCUGUUGUUGCAAAGAGUGGAUCUUGUAUUGAAAUUUGUAUCGAUAAUGAUGGAGAAAAGACAAUGGAACAACAACUUGAAAUCAUUCAGAAUAGGAUUGAUUUGCUCUCUUCAUUUUACAAAUCCAAAUAUAAUUCCUCUCAAACUAGUACUGGUAGUGUGUUGGAUAACCCUCUCACAGACUCUGAUGAAAGAAGAAAUAUUCAAUCCAUCCUCAUUGAAGGUUUUCUAAAGUUACUCGUUUUAACCUAUAGAAAUCUGAGAUCCACCUUUAGAGAUCCUUUGUUGGUCCUUUCUGAACUUGUUCAAGCAGUAUUUCUGGGACUAUUUUGUGGACUUCUCUACUUUAAGCUCAGUGCAGAUCAACAGGGCAUUACAGAUAGAAUUUCUGCCUUAUUUUUCCUUGUUACUUGUUUUGCUAUUGUUCCUGCAACAUCUGUUGUUUCUACCUUCCCUCAACAGAGAUUACUCUUCACAAGAGAACGAGAAUCGAAUCUGUACAGCACUCUCACAUACUACACAUCAUACACUAUUGUCCACAUUCCUGUUGAAGCAAUUUUCCCAAUUGUCAACUUAAUUUGUGCCUAUUGGUUGGUUGGUUUUCAGAACAAUCCAGGCAACUUUUUUAUUUUUUGUGCAAUUAUGAUUCUUGUUCAGUGGUUGAGUGAAUCAAUUGGUUUGUUUAUUGGAGCUCUUUGUGAGUCUGUUGGUGUUGGCAACUUGAUUCUCUCUGUUGUCAUUACAAUUUGGAUGAGCUUCAGCGGUUUCCUUAUUAGAAAUACUCAAAUUGGUGGAUGGUUUUAUCCAUUCUCAUAUACCAGUUUAUUCAGAUAUUCAGUUCAUGCUUUGGCACAAGCCGAAUUGAGUGGAAUGUCUUUUGAAUGCUCUUCUACUAAUAAGAUCCUCUCUACCGUUAACAUGACUGAUAUUUGCUCAUUCAGAAAUGGAACUUCAAUCCCUAUCAAUGGAAGCUCUCAAAUAUCUAUUGAGCCAUAUACAGAGCAAUUAUGUUCGGAAUUGAAUUGGAAUCAAACUGUUGCCACACUUACCUCCUCUACUUGUUUUAAAUCUGGAGAAGAUGCCCUCAAUUAUUAUUUUGAAGGUAGCAAUCACAUUCCAAUCUGGGGCAAUGUCCUAAUUCUCUUUGGAAUGCUCAUUAUUAUGAGAAUUGCCAUUUAUCUGGCUCUUCGUUUUAAGCGCUGGGAUAGAAAAUAG